AGGAAGUGUGACAGAAAAAGACUUAAGAUCUCUCUUUUCAUCCAAAACUGAAGGGGAACUCACCAAAUUCGAGUUCUUCUCGUAAGUUUGAAUAUGACACGAUGAUACCAUAGAUAUCUUAUAUACACUAGAUAGUGCAUCUAAUUAUUAUGCAAUUCAAAAAUUGAAGCCGUGAUUGCAGUCUCAGGUCGUUCCCAUGAAAUGAGAAGACUCGUAUGUUUUCCAUUUCUUAAACAGGGAACUUAAACAUUAAGUUAAACCUAUUCCAAAUACAUUUUCAAAUUAUUCAAAUGAUGAAAGUUAUUGUUAUUUUUGAGAGUUUAUUAGCAAUUGGGAACGACCAACAUGGCCGCCAUCUAUUCAAAUGGGGGUAACCGCUGGAAUAUUCUUGGCUUCAAUUUUACUAAAAGAGAUGCGCUAUCUAGUGUAUAUAAGAUAUCUAUGGAUGAUACACCCUUCCGGAAAGAACUUAGCCGUGGCAGGGCCGUGGUUAUAAAGCCUCGUCUCAGUGUUUCAGACAACAGCUUUAGUGCUAUUAAUCUUGUUACUGAUUACAAAAUUAUAAACAGGUCUUUCACAUUUACUCAUAUAACUGUAUGUUUCGUAAAUAUGCAAAAGGCUUUAAACCCAAUAUCUCAAACUCGAAAACGAGGCUCUAUAGCCAAGACUGAGCACUUUCUGGAAGGGUGUAUUAGCCAUUUCUGAAUUGCAAUCAAGAGUCCACAGACAAUAGUGAGGUUUAGAUUUGAUACCACUAUCGCUACUGGUAAAGGACUGUUAGCCAAUCAGAUUCGUUUAAUUUACUCGAUUAACCAAUCACAUCCGUACUUAGUAAAAACCAGUGGUAAAAACGGUAGUUAAAUCUAAACCCCACUAAUAACCUGAGAACGAGAUUUUGUGCAAAGUUGUAAUGUUUUUAUAGCAAAUUUAGCACGAAGCCUCGAUUUGGCGUUGUUGUUCGAUGUCUUGAUGUUUAAAAAGUUUGAGAGAAUGUUCAAUUAGCUGCAAAAUAUGACCGUAGUGGGUAAUAUAUUAUUGUACAGCUACCAUCCCUUAAUAUUGCAGCCAAAGCUGGCAAAUAAGCAUUGACAAUCCUAAGCAUUUACAUGUUAAUUCGAAAACUGCCAAAAGUGUGUGAAUCACAGAACGACUGUAAUUUGGCAAAACAAUGUAAAUUAAACUAGUACUGAUGAAACAGAAUUUAAUAAAGUUGUAUUUUUAAGCACAUAUUCCCCUGAACAAACAGUAGGUGUAUAGGACCAGACAUGGGAAAUAAAAUAUUGUUGGUUUCUUUCAUGGCUACUGCAGAAAAGAAAUUGGACGAGGGAAGAAAAUGGCUCUGGUUGAAAUGGCAUCUGUAGAGGAAGCAGCUCAAGCGUUAGUGGUGAGUUUGGUAUAGUGAUAUGCCGACAUUAUUAAAAUGUGCCAGUGUGUGAAUUUGUGCAGACACUUUAAAAUCUUAUUAGAAAACUAACAUUGACUCCCAAAACCUAAAAUAUGACGCAUUUUUGCAGGCACAUUGUGAAGUUAUGAAUUUUACUUGCAGACACUAACACGCAUCAUUAAAAUGCACGAGCGCUGCUCACAGGCACUUUUUGAAUUUGGGCAUGCAGGCACAUUUUAAAAUACUGGCAUUUUAACAAUAUCUAGCUCUCAAAACCUAAAAUAUGAAGAUUUCUGCAGGCAUAUUUUGAGGUUACCCUGGUGAUAUGACAAGAUUUAACAAGGUUUAACAGCACUAAGUUGAGGACGUGCUCUUAGGAGCUCCGCUUUAUUUUUGUUCUAUUGAUUGAUUUGGCUUUAUAUCUUGUGAAUAAGUCGACGAAUUCGUACUGAUAAUGGCUGAGGAAUUGCAACUGGCUUGGAUGGGAGAUUUCGACUCACUGAAACAGUUUGUCAGCGAAAAACUUAGUCUAAACGGCGAAUGGGUUAGUCCAGGAGGCGAUAAGAAAUUAUUUAAUGAUGGCUACAUAUCUAUUUCGUGGCGACUGAAAAAUAAGAAAGCCUUACUGAUCGACGGCGAUGAUCGGGAUAAAUUUAAGAGUAAACUCUGCAGGAUGAUCUGUGCGAACGACUUCAACAAAGGGAAUAUGUGCGAAGAAACUACGACUGUGAAUGUUGAAUGCCGGGCUAUCAACCGAGGUUGAAGGCAUUAAACUCGAUGUAACGAUAGCAGAGCGGGAAAUAGAAGUAAACAAGAGUGCUAUAAGCAAAGUUGAGAGCAAUCUACACGAGAUAAAUAGUGGUUACGAAGACCUUCGUCUACAGUUCGAUGAAUACAAGAAAAUAACCGAAGUAUUAAUUCAGAGGGACUUAAAGCCACUGAGGCGACUAAUGUCUCCUCCUAAUUAAGACCAAAAUCUCCAAUUCAAAGCAGAAUGAAAUUUUCCCUAGCAACACUGCCACAAAGAACGAUAAACAAUGCGCGGUCAAUCAUGUAGAACAAAGCAAUCUUGUCCUUAAUCGAGUUUUGGGUGAGGAAAACUCCCUGACCGACCUUGCACAGAAGUCCCACGUGACUUCCAAUCUAGUCGUUUCCAACAAUAGACGCCGAGACGCGUCGACAAAGACUUAUCAGUUAAGGAUAAUCAGUUAAUUUUAAAUAGUGAUAACAGCCCAGCCGACCUACUACAAAGCCAUAAUAAUAACCUGAUCAAUGGCGCCAAAUCUCGCGACGGUCAGCGCAUGAAAGGUAAUUCGAAUGCAAGGAAAUUGCCAAAUAUUACCGAACUCAAAUCCCUACUUCAAGUCCCUGGAGUGUCAGCUACUAUGAAUGAAGUCGACAACAAGGUUGACACAUAUCCCAUUAUCGAUGGUCACCACUGCAGUUUGAGGAACGUCAGGCCCGUUUCCGAUACGCCGUACUUCACAUGUGCCGAAUACAUUACAAACAAUGAGACAUUUCAGCUCAUUAUCUAUUGUGUUUAAUGUAUUCGGCACAUGUGAAGUACGGCGUAUGAAACGGGCCUCAGUUCAUCAACUUUUAAUGUUCUUAAAGACAUAGAAUUUUUACCCCUAAUCAGUCUCAACGAAUCCCUAGAAUACAGUCAUCAAGUUCCUGUUGAUUUCAAACGUCCUUUUCAGGAAAAUCCGGGACGGAAGCCACCCCCCUCGAUUGUUCGAUCCCACCAGCGAUCCCCAGAAUGGCUAAAUCGCCUAGUCCUUGUCCGUCAAUUAAUGAACGCGUAAUUAGUUCCAAUACUGCUGAUAUUAACUAUCCAAAGAAUAUUAAUAUAAUAACGCAGCGAAGUAAUAAAAAUAAUUUGAAUUCUGUUCCGUCUAUUGAACUUGUUUGCAAAAUUCCUACUAGAAUUACAGUUCGUCGAAAUAAUUUAUGUGCCAAGGCAAGGCCGAGAACUCAUGCAAGGAAAGUUAAUGUCAACAACUUAGUAUGUGUAAAUUUUGUCUCAAAUCCAAAACCAGAUAUAUAUUACGUUUUGCAACGAUUAACGCUAGAUCACUAAGAAAUAAGGUAGCUGUAUUCUCCGACUAUAUUGUUGAUCAAAAUAUUGAUGUUUGUGUUGUAACUGAGACUUGGUUGAAGGACAUGGACACAACAAGUAUUGCAGGCGUUUGUCUCCCUGGAUAUUCAUUUAAAUCAUUUCCCCGUCAAUCUAACAGAUCAGGAGGAGGCACAGGCGUAAUGUUUAACACCAAUUUAUAUGUCUCUCUUUCUGGUGGUGGAGAAACGCAAUCCUUUGAAUAUUCAGAGUGGAAUUUUUCCAUACUUGAAUAUUCUAUUAAACUUAUUGCUAUCUAUCGUCCACCUUAUUGCGCGGCUCACCCUGUUCUACCUGGAAAAUUCUUUGAAGAAUUCUCAAACUAUUUGGAGGAUAUUGUUCUAUGUCCAGAAAUUCUAUUGAUUACCGGGGACUUUAAUUUUCACUUGGAUUAUACGGUUAACAGAAACACGAUAAAAUUUAAUGAGAUGCUUGAAACAUUUGGCCUCAAACAACAUGUUUGUACUCCAACACAUUCGUCCAAUCAUACACUGGAUCUAUUGAUAAGUCGAUCUACAAGUGACAUUAAUAUCCUUUCGAUUUAGAGUACUUUCUUCUGUCCGACCAUUGUUUUGUAGAAUGUAAAUUAUCUAUUCCUCGUCCGAAUGACUCCAAAAAGCUAAUUUCUUAUCGUGAACUGAAAAAGAUUAACAUUGUUGACUUUAAACUUGAUCUAAGCAAUGUGAAUUUACAUUGCGAAAACAUUGCACAUCUUGAUGAAUUAGUGCAUUGCUAUGAUGACGUACUUUCACGUAUUUUAAAUACCCAUGCUCCUGUCCGAAGAAUGCUAAUGAAAGUUAAGCGUUCAACUCCUUGGUACAAUGACGAACUAAGACAAUUGAAAGUAAAGCGUAGGAGACUAGAGAGAAAGAUGCGGAAAACAAAAUUAGAAGUAGAUUGGACUGCCUAUCGGAAAAUAUGUAACCGAUAUUGUUACUUGUUGAAUAAAGCCCGAACUGAUUAUUAUACUUCCCUUAUCAGUGAUAGCUCCAACGAUCCAAAGAAUCUUUUCAGAAUUGCGAGCUCCCUUUGUAAUGCACCGCAUGAAAAUUCCUUACCACCUCAUGACGAUCUUGGUCAAUUAGCAAAUAGGUUCAACGAAUAUUUUUUCCGCAAAAUUGAAUUGAUUAGAGAAAAUGUGGACAGUAUCCAUGUCGAUCCUCCGUUGGUGCAUUACCGUAAUCCUGAAGUCAAAUUAGAAUCUUUUGAGAUACUUUCUUCCCAGGAUAUUCAUGAUGUUAUUAUACAAUUGUCCACUGCCAGCUGCAAGCUUGAUCCGAUCCCAUCAUGGCUUGUUAAAAUCUGUUGUCUGGAACUAAUUCCCUCUCACCAAAAUUGUAAAUUUAUCCUUGCAGGAGGGACGUGUCCCAGAUCACUGGAAAAUUGCUCUGCUGAAACCAAAUCUGAAAAAGUCUAGCUUGGACCCAGUAUUUGAGAACUUUAGGCCUGUGAGCAAUCUGUCAUUUCUUUCUAAGAUCACUGAAAAGGCAGCCGCCAACCAAUUGCUGAACCAUUGUGAAAAACAUGCACCUCUUCCUACCUGUCAAUCUGGCUUCAGGAAAUAUCAUUCGACAGAGACGGCUCUGCUAAAGGUCCAAAACGAUAUUCUUCUGAGUAUGGACAGGCAGGAAGUGUGUUUUCUUGUACACUUGGACAUAAGCUCAGCGUUCGAUACAAUUGAUCAUAAAACUAUCAUUGACGUAUUGGAAUAUCAAUUUGGAGUGACGGAUAGGGCUCUUGAAUGGAUAAAAUCAUAUCUAUUGAACAGGAAACAGAGAGUUGAUCUGGAUAACAAUUUUUCUGAAGACUGUGAUGUUAAGUACGGAGUGCCUCAAGGGAGUUGUCUUGGCCCCAUACUUUUUCUGCUUUAUGUAUCCCAACUAUAUGACAUUAUUGACAGGCACUUACCCUCUUCUCAUGGAUAUGCUGAUGACACGCAACUUUAUGUAUCCUUUCGCCCAGAUUUUGGAGAUAAUUCAGAAAGUACCCUAGCCGCACUGGAAGAUUGUAUUUCUGAUGUUCGUACUUGGCUGUUGUCUCAUAAAUUAAUGUUCAAAGAUUCGAAAACGGAAUUUCUUGUAAUUGGUACACCACAACAACUUUUGAAAAUAAACAUUGAAUCCGUUAACGUUGGUAGGGUCCAAAUUAAACCGGUUGACAGUGUUCGAAAUUUGGGAUCUUGGUUUGACAAGCAUAUGUCAAUGUCAGUUCAUGUAGGCAAGAUGUGCAGUAAAGCAUUCAGAGGACUGUAUAAAAUGCGACAAAUUAGAAAAUUUUUAGCUACUAAUACAACGAAAACUUUGAUACAUGCUUUCGUGACAUCACACGUGGACUAUUGUAAUGCUCUGUUGGCUGGCAUACCUCAGUAUCAAGUCCAGCGAAUGCAGAGAGUUCUUAAUGCCGCUGCUAGACUAAUCUACCACUGUCCAAGAUUUUCUCACAUCACCCAAGUUUUGAGAUCACUUCACUGGCUACCGGUAAAAUUCCGGGUGGAAUUCAAAAUUGCUUUACUGGUUUACAAGGCUCUUAAUAACAUUGCCCCUAUCUAUAUCUCUGAAAUGCUUAUCCCAAAACAAUCAAGUGAUCGCUGGACAUUACGAUCGGAUGGUCAAGGUCUACUAUACAUCCCGAAAACAAACUGUAAGGCUCUCGGAGAUCGGGCUUUCGCACAUGCUGCUCCACAAUUAUGGAAUUCUCUGCCUCUGGAUGUCAGGAACUGUGAAAACAUUUCUGUGUUUAAGAAACGCUUGAAAACAUUUCUUUUCAAUAAGGCUUAUAACCCUUUAUAGGUUGAGACCAUAUUGGAUUCUAUCAUUCUUAUUAUAGAUACAUACAUUAGUGUAUAUUCUAAUUGUAUACAAUACCAUGUUUUAUAUAGCAUAUUUAAUUCUUAAUAUUUAAUUUUUAAUUUUUAAUUUUAAUUUUUUUUUUAAAUUUUACAAAUUUGCCAUUAUUAAAGAUAUAAACUAACUAUAAAUUACACACAAUGGCUGGAAUGACCACACAGAGAUAAAAUCUCCAAUAACGGGGUUCCACAACAUACAUAAACAUAACAAUAAUCUACACAAUGGCGUGACAGAUAUUAGACAUACUAAUAAACAGAUAAACAAAUUAACAGGCCACAAAUUGAAACAAACAACGAUAAGGCAACGACAUGAGAACCUAUUUGAAAUUCUGAACUCGUGAAUGAAGUACUAGAGUAAUUUGAAGCUGUUAAGAUUGUUUAUGUGAUCGAGCAAGCUAUAUUAAAAUUUAAUGACUGCUUUCCCUAUCACGCACACCGUCCACAACCGCCAAAAUGCUAUACUCAUAGUCUCGUACAUGGAGUUGAACCAUAAGAUAAAGUAAUAUUCAUUAUAGCAUUAUGGUAAUUGCAUUUGGCACACGCAAUAAGGGAUCACUAUAUAAGGUUCGAUUGACCUAACAACAUGGUCUAGAUAAUAAGUUCCAUAAAGGACGACUUGUGUGACAUUUCACACAAACUGACUUAAGAGUUCUCGGGUCAUCGGGGUUGAAUAAUUUAUUUGUAAUAUAUUUAGAUUUUUAUAAUAUACAGCGCUUCGAGUAUAUAAUAUAACAUAUGCGCUUUAUUUAAAUGAAUAAAUUAUUAUUAUUAUUAUUAUUAUAAGAUGCAUGUGUUUAAAGAUGCGGUACAGUUCGAUCUGCGCAUGUGCACAAAGGAGCCCUCUUUUUAUUUACAAACAGUUUAUUUAGGUUUUUAUUUCAUUUUAUGUUCUUGCUGUGUUUUGAUAAUUUAUUAUACUCUAGAAUCAUGAAAAUAUAAGUAGUUGUCGAAUAAAAUUCAAUAUUUUAGAUACCGAAAUGUAAACCAAGCCUUUCUUUACAUACGGACUCUACCGCAUCUUUAAAGCCGCUUUUCCACUAGGCGGAAUUUUGCGUGCGGAAUUUUCCUUGGUCUUGUGAUUUCUCAGGUUGUCUAAUGAUGAUUAAGAAAAGAAAAAUUCCGCUUAAUGACUAAGCUUAUAAUAGAGAACAUUUUCUCCUAUAAGUUGAGUAAACUGCCUUGACUUCGGUCGGUAAAAGAAAUAGAUAAAAAAAAAACUCUUCGAUGUUUCGAGCGAUGUUUCGUUUUUAUUGCAAACCUAAAGAACCUAAAGGCCCGUUUACACUUGGGUGCAAUUUUCUUCUUCUGAUGGAUGUGAAGGAGUGGAUGAGUUAUGUUCAGAAGAGUGAUCAGCGGUGUAUAUACUCAGAACAUACCAACUCAUCUAUACUUGUUCACAUCCAUCAAGAAGAAAAUCGCAGCAAAAAUUGCAAAUGUAAACGGGCCUUAAUACUUCCUCUGUGAUGCUUCGCACGUUCGAAGAUUUUAUUGUAUUUUCUAAAGAUGAAGUCAUCUGAAAAGAUCAUAAUACGAUUAAUACCCUUGGACAUGAUAUCUCACUCGUUCGCUGCGCUCACUCGUGAGAUAUCAUGUUCAACACUCGAAAUAAAUCUGGUAUUUCCGGGCACCCAUGUAUUCUCUAUAUAUUCAAAAUUUAAUUUUUUGCUUAGGACCUGCAUGACUACCCUAUUGGUGACGACAGUCAUCUUCGUGUGUCAUUUUCCAAGAAGACGCUCCGCUGA